UCUACUAAUAGAUUGACUUUAAUCAUGCUUUAACUUACCUUUUAUCUUCUUCUAGUUCUAAAAAUUAGAAAUGAAUAAAAAUAAACUGAUUAUGAGAUUAAAGUUUUACCUACAUUAGUAGGAAAGAGUAUAGGCCAGUCCCCUCGCUUCGCAUUGUGCGUUUGGACAAGGCCGGUGAACACGGCAUUAUAUCAGUGUCAUGUCAAUUUACGACAUAUCGUAACAUCCUUGAUGUCUAAGUGUUUCUACUUUUAAUUAAAUGUUUAAUUAUCCGCUAUCACAGAACUGCGACUACAUUGAUGUCUAUAUUCUCGGAGGAUUAUUUUUUUAUUUGGAACAAUGAUUUGUUUAACUGAAUCAUAUUAGACACAAUGUUUACCAUGUGCUACUCUUGACUGCUGCAAAGAUUACUAUUACUCUAUCUGCUGGAAAGUCAACACGCAUUUCCUGACAAAGUGUAAUAUAUUUUGUAUGGUGAAACACAAUACUUUUCGAAAUGGAUAACGAUACUCCCGUUAUAUAUGGACUUGAAUUCCAAACUAGAGCACUGUCAGCUCAAACAGCUGAGACAGAUAUUGUAAGAUUCUUGGUAGGAACGCAAUCCUUAAAAUUCAGUAACAACCAGAUUCACUUAGUGGAACUUAAUGAGGAAACAGGAAAUUUAAAGACUCAAGUGUUCCAGCAUCCAAUAGGAGAAAUUUGGUCUUUACAGGCUUCUCCAACUGAACCUGAUAUAUUUAUUACAUGUUACAAUAGUUUAAGUGAGGAAGGUAUCUGUCGGAUGAAAGGAGCAGUCUGGAAAUUUCCUGAGAUAAAAGAGUACACUAACGAUAUUCUGCAGCUCAAUAAAUUAGCUGAUAUUGAUACGACUCCAUACGGUACUGAUCUCAAAACUAUUGCCUAUCACCCUAUGGAUAGCAAGAAAGCAGUGUCAGUAGUAGAUAAUAAUUUUGUUUUGUGGGAUCUAACUGAAGGACCUCGGGUUACAGUGGCGGGCACUUUAGCAGGCAAGGGUCAGCCACGAUUUACGAAUGGUAAAUGGAAUCCGCAUAAUGGUGCUAAUCAGUUUGUAACCCUGAAUGACAACAAUGUUCGUGGAUGGGAUUUUAGAAGUCCGGCCAAUGCCGCUUGGUCUAUUUUAUCUGCACAUUCGCAAAUUAUUAGGGAUUUAGAUUUCAAUGCAAAUCGUCAGUAUUUUUUAUCUACUUGCGGUGAUGAUGGAUACAUGAAGUUCUGGGAUAUUCGGUUACCCACAGAACCAGUGUUGUCACGUAUGGAACAUUCACACUGGGUGUGGAACAUAAGGAUUAACCGUUUUCACGAUCAACUCGUUUUAACGUCUAGCAGUGACUCCAGAGUGAUAUUAUGCAGUAUUGCGUCCAUAUCGUCUGAACCGUUCGGUCAUUUGGUGUCAGACGAGCCUUCGCAAAGCGAAGAAUCUUAUGGAAAAAAGAAAUUAGAAGACGGUCUAGUAGGAAGAUACGAGGAGCACGAAGACAGUGUGUAUGCAGUAGAAUGGUCGUCUGCUGAUCCUUGGACUUUCGCGUCUCUCAGUUACGACGGUAGAUUAGUUCUGAAUAAAGUACCGCGUAAAUAUAAAUAUCAAAUACUUCUUUAAAUAUGUAAUAUAUUUUGCGAAAAAUAAUAUUAUA